CAGCAGCAGCAGCAGCAGCACCAGCAGCAGCACCAGCAGCGCAACUAGCGAGUAUAGAGGGAAAGGCUACGCCUACAUCGGGCGCUCACGUGAGAGAGCAUCUCCGUCUGUCGGGACUUGACGAUACGCGUGAAUAAUAAUCUUGUCCAUUUGGCGAGCUCCGCAGUACGAUUGUCUCAACGACUUUAGCGUCAAGUAAGAAAGGGUGACAGCUCGGGAUUAACGAAGCAACAUGACGCUACCGAAGAUUGCGAGCGAGGAGAAGGAGGCAAAGUUUGGAUACGUCUAUGCUGUAUCCGGACCUGUUGUUACCGCAGAGAAAAUGUCUGGCUCGGCUAUGUACGAGUUAGUCCGUGUUGGAUAUUAUGAACUUGUAGGAGAGAUUAUUCGUCUCGAAGGAGACAUGGCUACCAUCCAGGUGUACGAAGAGACGAGCGGUGUUACGGUUGGAGAUCCAGUACUUAGAACUGGCAAGCCAUUGUCCGUAGAAUUGGGUCCGGGCAUUCUAGGAAGUAUCUUCGAUGGUAUUCAACGUCCACUGAAAGACAUCAAUGAGCUAACUAGCUCAAUUUAUAUUCCUAAGGGUGUCAACGUACCCGCUUUAUCGCGGACUGCAUCGUGGGAAUUUAAUCCAUUGUAUAUUAAAAAUGGCAGUCAUAUUACGGGAGGUGAUAUGUAUGGUAUCGUGCACGAAAAUACUUUGGUUAAACACAAAAUGAUUUUGCCACCGCGACACAAGGGCACCGUCACUUAUAUAGCUCCACCUGGUAAUUAUACCGUUAAUGAUAUUGUUCUUGAAACAGAAUUUGACGGAGAAAGAACCAAAUACACCAUGCUUCAGGUUUGGCCAGUACGUCAGCCACGUCCUGUUACAGAGAAAUUGCCAGCCAAUCAUCCUCUUUUAACUGGUCAGCGCGUACUUGAUUCAUUAUUUCCAUGCGUUCAAGGAGGUACCACUGCCAUUCCCGGUGCCUUUGGUUGUGGAAAAACUGUAAUUUCUCAAGCUCUAUCCAAGUAUUCAAAUUCUGAUGUUAUCGUUUACGUUGGUUGUGGAGAACGUGGUAACGAGAUGUCCGAGGUACUGAGAGAUUUCCCAGAGCUCACUGUUGAGAUCGAUGGAAUUACCGAGUCCAUUAUGAAACGUACUGCUCUAGUUGCCAAUACGUCAAACAUGCCUGUAGCUGCUCGAGAAGCAUCCAUUUAUACCGGUAUUACUCUAUCCGAGUAUUUCAGGGACAUGGGUUAUAAUGUGUCUAUGAUGGCUGAUUCGACGUCUCGAUGGGCCGAGGCUUUAAGAGAAAUUUCUGGUCGUUUGGCUGAGAUGCCUGCCGAUUCUGGUUAUCCUGCAUAUCUUGGUGCUCGUCUCGCUAGCUUCUAUGAAAGAGCUGGACGAGUAAAGUGCCUAGGUAAUCCAGAUCGUGAAGGUUCGGUCAGUAUUGUCGGUGCUGUUUCACCUCCUGGUGGUGAUUUUUCCGAUCCAGUUACAAGUGCGACUCUUGGUAUUGUACAGGUGUUUUGGGGUCUCGAUAAAAAACUUGCUCAACGAAAACAUUUCCCGUCCAUUAAUUGGCUCAUUUCGUAUAGUAAAUAUUUACGUGCGUUAGAUGAUUUUUAUGAUAAAAACUUCCAGGAAUUUGUGCCUCUUCGUACAAAAGUUAAGGAGAUCCUCCAGGAGGAAGAAGAUUUAUCCGAAAUCGUACAACUUGUUGGUAAAGCAUCUCUCGCUGAAACUGAUAAAAUAACCCUUGAAGUUGCAAAACUUCUUAAAGAUGACUUUUUACAACAAAACAGCUACUCGCCAUAUGAUCGCUUUUGUCCAUUCUACAAGACAGUUGGUAUGCUUAGAAACAUGAUUGCAUUUUACGAUAUGGCCAGGCAUGCCGUGGAGUCAACAGCGCAAUCUGAUAACAAAAUCACAUGGAAUGUCAUUCGAGAUAGUAUGGGAAAUAUACUGUAUCAACUCACUUCGAUGAAAUUUAAGGAUCCUGUUAAAGACGGUGAAGCGAAGAUUAGAUCAGACUUUGAUCAGCUGCACGAAGACAUUCAACAAGCGUUUAGAAAUUUAGAGGAUUAAUUUUUGAAAACAUAUGUGUAAUUCUUGUUAUUAUACUGCCUGGAGUUCCAAUGUGAAAAUAUGCCGAUUAUGGAAAUUAUUCCAGUUGCAGUCGUUUGGGGUUGUUCCAAUUAUGUAAAAAAUCAUGCCAUCUUAUUACAAAUAUAAUAUAAAAUUAUUUCAGAAAAAAAAAACAAAUAAGAAACGAUAAUACUGAGAGAUAGAAGAGAGCGGUCAUGUUCAUUGGCAAAGGGCUGUUUUUUCAAUCAGUUCAAAGUAGAAUUAUUAAUUUUUCGAAUUGAAAUAACACACUUCAAAUCCGGAGAGUGCUACCAAAACAUUCCAUAGCAUACUCGAAUGUCAUGAGAAUCCUUAUUUAGAAAAUUUUAUUGAAUAUCAGAAUUGUUUAUUGCAACGAAUGAAUGAUUUGUGGUUAAUUAUUUUUUAUUAAUAUUAACAGUGAGAAGAAUACAAUUGAUGUAUUGUUAUU